GCGUUAAACUAAGCCAACCAGUUGGCUUCAGUUGCGGGAAGAUAGACAAGCAAGUCUAGCAAGUUUAGGGAGUACCUUUUUAAAAAAACAUUAUUUUGUCAACAGCUUAACCUUUUUGGAGAAAGCAUUAUGACCGACAAAAUGGAUAUGUCUUUAGACGACAUUAUCAAACAGAACAGGCAGCAGCAUAGAGGUGGCGGCAGGGGUGGAAGAGGCCGAGGCCGCGGAGGCCCUGGCGGCGGCCGAGGAGGAGGCGCUGGGCGCCCCGGAGGAAUGAGCGGCGGAGGAUUUGGAGGCCGAGGCGCAGGAUCCGGCCCCAUGAGGAACCGUCAAUACACGAACCGCGCUAGAGGCAGACCGACGCCAUACAACAGGCCCAAACAGCUUCCAGAUAAAUGGCAACACGACAUGUUCGACAACGGCUUCAGUGGAUUCAACGGAACAGCUGGUGGCGGCGCUGGUGUAGAAACCGGAGGGAAGCUCCUAGUCUCCAAUCUUGAUUUUGGUGUUUCUGAUGCAGAUAUUCAGGAACUUUUUGCUGAGUUUGGGACACUGAAAAAGGCUGCAGUCCAUUAUGAUCGUUCAGGAAGAAGCCUAGGAACAGCAGAUGUCCACUUUGAAAGAAGGGCAGAUGCGCUGAAGGCCAUGAAACAGUACAAUGGCAUCCCACUGGAUGGGAGGCCCAUGAACAUACAGCUUGUCACAUCACAGAUUGAUACACAGAGGCGGCCAAUGCAGGGGAUGAACAGAGGCGGUGGAAUGAACAGGAAUCGCGGGGGCGGCUUUGGGGGCAUGCAGAGAGGAGGCCGCAUUGGAGGUCGUGGCGCAGGCGGCUUCAGAGGACGGGGUCGAGGUGGCCGAGGGGGGAGUAGCAAACAGCAGCUUUCAGCAGAAGAACUUGAUGCCCAGUUAGACGCCUACAAUGCAAGAAUGGACACCAGCUAAGAAGUGUUGCUGUUCUCCGUCAUUCUUUCUUGUUCUACACAGAAGGAUGCUUGUUACAGUAGUGCAAAUUGUUUUACACAUGGUUGUCCUAAUGUGAUUGAUUGUUGCUCCAGCCUCUUAACUGCUCUAAAGUGUUUUUUACUUUUUUCCCCCCUUUUUGACAAAAAAAAUUGUCUGUAGGUUGAAAGUUGGAAAGUCCAUUCCUCAAAACUUGUAGUAAAUGAAACUUCUAAUAAAACCUGCAGUGUAUAUUAA